CAUCAAGCAGCGAUAUAAAACCCUGCCGGAGGAGAGGAGAACAGCUUCUCCAGACACUGAGACACGGAGGACCAUCACAGAGAGCAGCUGAUUCACCAUUUAUAAGUUGUUCUCUAAGAAGGAUUGCAAUAUAUGAAAGGAGAAAGAGUGGAUAUUCACGUCGCUCGGGAUUAAGGACGUGAGGAGCUGGAGCGUGCUCAGUGAGGUUGGGAAGACGUCAUCAUGACUGUCUCCACUCAACUGGGUUUACUGCUUUGGAAAAACUUCACCUACAGACGGAGACAGACUGUCCAGCUGCUGAUUGAGAUCAUCUGGCCUCUGUUUAUCUUCCUCAUCCUGAUCUCUGUCCGAAUUCAUUAUCCACCCUACGAGCAGCAUGAAUGCCAUUUCCCUAACAAGGCCAUGCCUUCGGCGGGUACGUUGCCGUGGGUACAAGGCAUCAUCUGUAACGCCAACAACCCCUGCUUCCGUAAUCCCACCCCAGGCGAGAGUCCCGGGGUGGUGGGAAACUUCAAUGAUUCUAUAAUCUCCCGCUUGUUCACUGAUGCCCAGAAAAUCCUACUCUACAGUCAGAAGGAUAAAAGCUACGAUGGCUACACAGGACUACUAAGGGCUCUCAGAAAGAUGCAGGAGAACACUGCUCGUUUCAAGCUGAAGGACUUUUUGCAAGACAAUGAGACCCUUUCCCACUUCCUUCACAACAACGCCUCCCUUCCUCGUUACGCGCUGAAGCAGAUAGUGGAGGCUGACGUCAACCUGGAGAAGGUGCUGACUAAAGGUUUUGGCUUCCAUCUCAGAGACCUCUGUAACACAACGUCCCUGGAGGAAUUUGUCCACAUUGCUGAUCACAACGUGUCCCGUCAGAUUCAAGAAAGUAUCUGCAAUUCCACCAGCGAUUGGCUUGACCAGGCCCAGAGCCACUUCCUGUCCAACUUGGACUUCUUCAAACCCAUUCGGGUGAGUUUGUCCUUUGAGUCACACAGCGGAAAUGCGUGGUUUAACAGUUUGGAUAAAGCUUUGUGCUUAGCUUGUUUCCUUUACUAG